UUUUGUCUAUAUAUACAAAGGGGAUUAAUAUGAAAUUACUAAGGAAAAGUUAAGACAAUGGGGAGUUUAGAUGGGUUUAAUGGAGGUGUAUCUGAUUUUGUGGAAGGAAGAACAACAGAGCAGAAGGUGAUUGAUGGCAGACUGUUUCCCAAAGUUUUCCUGCCUGCAAAUGAUGUUGAGAGAGCAAAUGUUCAGGCCUUGGUGCAAAAGAUAAGAAGCAACAAAGCAUGGUUGGAAGAUGAAGUGGUGAAAAGCAAUGCUCUCCUUUUUAGAGGAUUUGCUGUGAGGUCUGCUGAAGAUUUCAAGGUGGUUGUUGAAGCUUUUGGAUGGGAAGAACAACGGUAUCUUGGGUUUGCCCCAAGAACAGAAAUAGUUGAGAGAGUUUACACUGCCAAUGAGGCUCCCUUACAUGAGCAGAUUGAUUUCCACCAUGAGAUGGCUCUGAUGAAAGAGUGGCCCUCUAAGCUGUUUUUCUUCUGUGAGACUGCACCUCCAGAAGGUGGUGAAACUGCUAUAGCUCCAAGCCAUCUCAUUCCUCCACUUAUGGAAAAAAUUGUACCAGAGUUUGUAAAGAAAGUUAAGGAUCUUGGGUUGCUCUUCAACAUAACAACUCCAAGCCAAAAUACUCUCAAUUCAUUCAUCUCCAAAACAUGGAAAACUGUGCUUGACACCUCUGAUCCAGAAGAAGCAAAGAAAAGGGCCUUUGAGAUACUUGGUUGUAUGGAUUUUCAAUGUCAUGAUGACGAGACUGCAGAUUUUAAAUUUGGAGCUUUAGAAACAAUUAGAAUAUUGGAAAAAGAGAAAGGACAAGAGGUAUGGUUCAACACCAUAGCAGGGUAUGGUCAAGGAAGUAAGAACCAAAUGCUUAGGUUGGGAGAUGAGUCUAUUAUUCCUAUUGAAGUAGUGAAAGCAUUCAAACACAUAAUGGACGAGCAAUGUGUGAACUUAAAGUUAAAAGAUGGUGAUGUGUUGUUACUGAACAACCUUUCUGUUCAACAUGGAAGGAGGUCAUCUAAACCUCCCAGGAGGGUCCUAGUUUCUAUGUGCAAAUAGUUAAUGAAUUAUUUGGCAAUAUAAAAUGAUAUUUAUGGAUAAUAGUUGUUUAGAUAAAUUUUAGCUCGAUAUGAAUGUGUAGAAUCUGGGGCAAAAAA